UAUUGACGCAACGAUUCAUUUUAGAAGCCGCUAAUUUCAGUGUAUUUCUCAACCUCUUUACGUACAGCUAAUCAUUAUGAAAAUUAAAAUAAUUCCGUUUACCCACACGUGAACUUAUCAGAGUUCAGAAUAAACAACCUCGGCUUUAAUUAAUACCAAACAAGAUGCGCUUCGAAGCAAAGCGUUGCGGAGUGCAGUUCAGUCCUCCUUCCAUAGUUUUAACGUACGUUAAUACGGAAACAAAAAGGAUGCGAAAAAGAAUAAUACCUGUACGGAACUUCUCGAAACAUUCCGACUGUAGCGUAGCUGCUGAAAGUCUGAAGAACCACCCGAGGCACAGGGACUACCUAGAACGAGUGCCCCAGAGCCAGGUGGAGAAGCUUCAUAUCAUCUUGCGAGAUCACAUGCAAGGCUUCAGCCUUGAGCACAGCCUUGCCUCAUUUCACCUGGACCCCGACGAAAACCUGAACAAGCUGGAGGAUGAAGAGUUAGCUCGCAAGAAGGGCCAAAUGGACACGCUGUUUGAGAAGAACCGAAAGCACAAAGAUGAUCCAGACUUUGUCUAUGACUUGGAAGUUGAUUUCACCAAGACUAACCAAGACAAGUGCAGCUGGGAUGAUGAAUCAGACGAUGGUUUUUGAAACUCUGAGCUCAUAGAUGGCACAACUACAUCUAAUCAAGCGGGAGGCAAGUUCGGUCCUCAGGAGCUGCAGUCCUCCAAGUUUGAGAAGUUUCCCUGUUUAAACACACCUGACUUGCCUACUCCCCCGAUCUAAACAAAUAACAGUACCUGGUCCUAGGUGACUUUCUUCAACAUGACUUUAGUUACAGUAAAGGAUAUUCACAUUUCAUUCAAACUACAAUAAGAAGACAUGCUGCAUGAUCAAUAAUGAAAAUUUAUUUGUUAUAAAAUACUGAAUUUUACAAAAUACAUAAACUUUGGUUUUUAUAUUUGUGGCUUACACGUAAAUGAGUGAUUCACAGUCAAAUAUGAAAGAUGCUAAAUCCUAUUAAAUUAUGAGUACGCCAGUAACUAUACAACAAAUAUAUCUUUGGAAAAUGUGUCUAUAAAAUAUUGUAUUAUACAAAAGAUAUUUCCAUAUAUGGUUUGAAGAGAACUACCAACAUUUCCCCUAAACUUGUGCAGACUAGCUUUCCAAUCUGUCAACCUAGGGGGAAACACUGGCUGUGCCAGGGCAUAGUUUCAAAUGAGAAAUUAUAUCUCAAAACUUAGCCUGCAGUAUCGAGCCUUUCUAAGGGGAAUAUUUUUUUGUUUAAAGUGCUUAAAUACCUCAUUCAGCUGAAAUGAGACACUGACCAAGCAUUAGGACCAUAAUACAUUCAAAAAUGUCGUAGGCUUUUGUUAAAAUUUGAUCCGAGAUGAUUUUACAUAUCAUUGCUAGUUUGGUUUCAGCUAAAAAAAAAACAUUAAAAUAACAAUA